AUGAUCAAACAAAUAACGAUGAACGAGUUGAUCGGAAUAUUUACAUCCAUUGCCCUCCUAAUAUACGUUACAUAUCUCCACCACACUAGACGUCGUACGAGACUACCUCCGGGACCAAACCCCUGGCCGGUGAUCGGUAACAUGUUCCAGCUCGCCGGUUCGCCGCCACACGACUCAUUGACUAAACUUUCGCGACGUCACGGACCAAUCAUGACUUUGCGGCUCGGGUCGAUGCUGACGGUAGUGAUCUCUUCGAGCCAAGUGGCUCGGGAGAUUUUCAAGAAGCACGACGCGGCUUUGGCCGGCCGGAAGAUUUACGAGGCCAUGAAAGGAGGCAAGAGUAGUGAAGGCUCGCUUAUCACGGCUCAAUACGGUGCGUAUUGGCGGAUGCUGCGGCGGCUCUGCACCACUCAGUUUUUUGUCACUCGCCGUCUUGAUGCUAUGAGUGACGUACGCUCCAAGUGUGUUGACCAAAUGCUCCGGUUUGUCGAGGAAGGUGGACAAAACGGUACAAAAACUAUCGACGUGGGGAGAUAUUUCUUCUUGAUGGCCUUUAAUCUCAUAGGAAACCUCAUGUUCUCGAGAGAUCUGCUCGAUCCCGACUCCAAAAGAGGCUCUGAGUUCUUUUACCACACCGGAAAAGUGAUGGAGUUCGCCGGAAAACCUAACGUUGCCGAUUUCUUCCCUUUACUAAGGUUUAUUGACCCACAAGGCAUCAGAAGAAAAACGCAAUUCCACGUGGAAAGCGCGUUUAAGAUCGCCGGAGAGUUUAUCAAAGAAAGAACGGAGGUUAGGGAGCGAGAAAUGAGCGACGAGAGGACGAAGGAUUACUUAGAUGUUCUUUUGGAGUUUCGUGGUGGCGAUGGAGACGAUGAAGAACCUUCUAGAUUCUCUGCAAGAGAUAUCAACGUUAUUGUUUUUGAAAUGUUUACGGCGGGAACGGACACGACAACGAGCACGUUGGAGUGGGCACUAGCGGAGCUUCUACACAACCCAAGAACCCUAACCAAACUCCAAACCGAACUCCGAACCUACUUCAAAUCCCCGAACCAAAAGCUCCAAGAAGAAGACCUCCCGAACCUACCCUAUCUCUCAGCGGUGAUCAUGGAAACCUUGAGGCUUCACCCACCACUUCCUUUCUUGGUCCCACACAAGGCCAUGUCCACGUGUCACAUUUUCAACCAGUACACUAUCCCCAAAGAAACACAAGUCUUGGUCAACGUUUGGGCCAUAGGCCGUGACCCUGAAACAUGGAUCGACCCGAUUCUGUUCAAACCCGAGAGAUUUAUAUCCGACCCGAAUCCUAGAGACUUCAAGGGACAGGAUUUCGAGUUCUUGCCGUUCGGGUCGGGUAGACGGAUGUGUCCGGCUUUGCCUUUGGCGUCACGGGUCUUGCCGUUAGCCAUUGGGUCGAUGGUGAGGUCGUUUGAUUGGGCCUUAGCUAAUGGGCUUAAUGCAGAGGAAAUGGAUAUGGGAGAAAGAAUUGGGAUUACACUGAAAAAAGCUGUUCCUUUGGAAGCGAUUCCCAUUCCUUACCGACAGCAUUAG